AUGCUUAUCUACGUUGUUACUGCCUCCAACUGUACCCAGCUGAAUUCGCACGCCCAUUCGCUUGCAAGAUCAUUCAUCCCUGAUAGCUUGUCAAAGGUGCAUUUUCUAACGUUGUUCCAAAGUGGAAUUCUGAAGGAAGCUGCAGAGGAACAACACGAGGUGUGCCCUACAGAGGAUCUGGUACAGGCAUUGAUGGAGAAUUUGGUUGAUCCUAGCUUGCCUUCUAGGGUCUCAAAGAAUGAUCCUCCUGACCUUUCUGUUCAGCAAGCUGUUGCUAAACAGAUGCACGCGGUUGUGUUGCUGUACAACUACUACCACCGAAAACAACAGCCCGAAACAGAGUUUCUGGAUUUUGUGGCAUUUUGUAAGUUGUCUGUUGUUUUGAGACAGACUAUGAUAGCUUUCAUGAAUCAAGGUGAAUCUGCCGAUUCGAAAUAUGGACUUUCAGUCACUGAGAAAGCAAUCAGGGAUGCGUGCAAUAUAUCUAUGGCUCUAGAUGCGUCGAAAGAUGUUCCUAAUAUGGAAGGAUGGCCGAUUUCAAAGGUUGCAGUGUUGUUAAUUGAUUCAAAGAAAGAAAAUUGUUUGCUCCAAUUUGGUAGUGUCACUCAGGGGGUUUGGUCGCUUAUUGAAAAAGAGCUUGAUGAAUCUAACAUGAAUUCCGAAAUUUCAUCAAAGGGAAAGGUUGGUAAUAAGAGGAAAAGAAACAUUAGAACAACAGACGAAAAAAAUGAUGAUGACAAUGGAUUUCUGCAGCUUGCAUUUGAUGCUGUUAAGGAAGUGACAGGUAUCAACAGUUCUGAUCUAGUGGUUUUGGAAACUCAUAUUUUGUAUUCAUUAAGUAAAGAGAAGACAGCAGCUCGCUUUUAUAUGAUGCAAUGCACCCAAUCAAUCAGUGAAGAUAAAGGAAUUCCAGUUGAAGAUGUUGUGAGGAGUUUGCAGGGCCCUUUCAUAGAAAAGAUUUGUCGUAGCUGGACAAUUACUCCUGCUGUUGAGUAUUAUCACAUGCAUCCCUAUGCAGGGAUCAUAUCACAAUGGUUUUUGAGGAAAUGUUCAUCUAUGUCAAGUUCAGACGGUGGUAACUCCCAAAGUGCUGAAGUUACUGAAAGCAAAAUACUGAAUUUACCUGAAUUAAAAAACAUCAACAAGGACUUGGAUCAUGUCGACAGCAUGCGCGGUCAGACUAUAGACAACUCCUGUGAAAAACUAGCUAACGAGGACAGUGACAGAAAUAAUUACAAACAUCCAUCUAGUGGCAUAGAGGCAAGUCCUGUUAACAUCUCUCAAGGGCCAGGAAAAGAUGAUAAUGGCACAGAUAAAUGUAAGGAAAUUUAUGAGAACAUUGAUUCUUCCAAGGAGGCAGACAACAUUGAUGAAGUUUUAAAUCAGAAUGUUGGAAAAGAAUGGCCAAAGGUUUCACCAUCUGACACUCUCGGUGAGCUGCAGAGAAUAGACAUGGAUGCCUUCCCAAAUACUUAUCUCAGCAAUGAAGAUGCAAGGAAGAAUCCGAUAUCAAAAAUCAAAGUUUAUCACAAGAAAAAGAACUCUUCGUCUAUACAGAUCGAUGCAUGUGCUCCGGUGGAUAGUGUUGAAAUGGAGGUGGAGAUGGUGGACUCUUUGAAGUCAAAUGAUAUUCAAGACAGAGAUGUCAAGGUUUCUGGAGAGAAUUGCUAUGUCAAUAUCUCAUCCAAUCAAAAUGGGAUUCCUUUCGCCAAUGCUGAUCUGGUUCCCUUGGAGUCUAACAAGUGUAUUGAAGAAGUACAAAAUACAUCAGCUUCAGAGGCACUGCAGAAUUGUUUGACACUUCUUUAUAGAAGAAGACAAGAAGUGUAUUCCCAGAUCUGCAGGAAGGAAGAUGAGCUUGCACUAUAUGAAGGAAAUAUUGAGAGAAUAAGAGAUGGUAAUGAUGUUGGUUUAGCCCUUCAAUGCAUCAAAUCUAUCACGAGUGAUCCUAUUAGUGUCUCAUCAAAGAGUGAAAUCCGAGCUGAAGACCAGGCUUUUCAACCUGGUGAAGAUCAUCCUGAAUCCCAACUGAAGUGGCAAACAAGAUUGUCUGGUAACCCUGGGAGUUCUUCAUUUCAGGACUUGGAGUCCAUGUGUCUAAAGAAUAACUGGAGACUACCGAGAUAUUUUGUGGAACCAUCAGAUGGUAAAUUUACAGCGGAGGUUGUAUUGAAAGGGAAGGAUUUCAAGUUCUCUUCUACAGGUGAUCAUAAGACCAAUCCUCGUGAUGCAAGGGAGUCUGCUGCGGCCCGGUUGGUUGGUAAACUACGGAAUCUCGGCAUGUGA